AUUAAACUGAAGUAAAAAAAAAACUGUAGCUGAUCCCAGAAACACAUUACACUGACUAAUGUGUUUGUUCCCCCUUGGAUUUUGUGAGUCAUGUACUGGAGUGAGAGUUAACUGAUUGGGAUCAUCAAAAAGUAAGAAGCCAAUGACAUGAGGUCUUUCUCGUCAUCGCACACUUCCGUGAAACUCUGAAGAAAUAGAGUCUAUUUUAAGUCAGAUAGAAGGAAGAAAAAUAAAAUCAACGUUGAACUUCGCAAACAAGUUGAUCGCCUGAAGCUGCCACACACUUCACAAUAGUUUACAAAAAACAGGCGCAUAGAAAAAGAGUGGUAUUCAAGAAGAUAAAGUUGUACGAGAGGAUAAACAAUUUGAAGAUAAAAGUUAAUGUGAAUAUUUAAGCCUUGGGAUAUGUAAAGAAGUAAACUUUUCUGCGCCAUUGUGACUGAUUUUCAGCCAUGUCACCAAAGUCCUCAAUCACUGAUUUCUAUCGUCUUGGAGAGCCCAACUAGUCAACCAGCCUACAUCUCCCAACACGGCUCGGACCAUAAGACAGGGACUUCAUCGAUUGGCAACACGUAUUGAUCUGGGCACCCUAAACCCUCUUCCAAUCUAGCAUGACACAUAGAGGUAAGCACUGGUGGGUCGGCAUGUCCAAGCCAUCUCAGUCGACUAAGAUUCACAACCUCAUCAAGCUACUUGUCUAUCUUGCCUCGUACCCUUCGCCUGAACUCAUCGUUGCUCACAGGGUGAUAUCACUAAGUGCUGGUAAUGCUACGAAGACUUCUGAAAUCGAAACCCAGCAAUCGCUUCAUCUCUUCUCCCUUCAAUGCUCGUCUAAGCCGUAUAACAGGAUAGAAUGAAUUGCAAUGCAGUAUACUCAUCGUUCGAUAGAUAGUCGGAUAUCUCACCAGUCGGUGCCACAAAUGACGCACGUUGGCUAAUGCCAAACAGGCUUUCUGUAUCCUAGUUGAGAUUUUGUCAACAGAUGAACCGUUAUGGCUUAUACAACUCCUCAACUUGAUUUAACUGAUUACUGUCUUCUUGGUGAGUGGACUGAACUAUACCGUGCCUUUUAGUCUAAGAUUAUAGUUACCCCGUUCUCUGGAGCUCCAUAAAUAUCUUACAUUAAGACCCAGCGUCAAAAGUAGUUUUCGUCACAAAUUAUCACCAGUUGAAGAACAACUGAAAAUAUGGAAGCACUCGACAUCUGUCUUGUACUAACUUACGAUUCCCUAGUAGUACGCACUACUGGUCCAGAAUCCAGUCUUUUACUAUUUCCUACUUCUACCGCUCCACUAGAUACCACGGCCAAUAAAUUCAAACUUCAAACAGAUGACAAACAGUUAAUCUAUUCAAAUUUUUGUUUUACAGUUCAUGAUAAAGUAUAGUUGAACAUGAUGAAGCAACAGUGUAAGAAUGAGAUUCACGAAAACCCCACAAAUAAUCUACGUUUACUUGAUUAUCAAUCAAAAAAACUACAUAAAGAUUCUACUCAGCUAUUAAAUAAAUUAUCAUUUCAUCAUAAAGAAAUUAAACUGAUUUUAGAUAAUUAUGAAGAUUUGAAAUCAGCACUACUAACAGAUGGCAAAAAGUAUUAUAACAGAUUGUUCAAGUUUCGAACAUUAGUAGAAGCAUUCAGUACAAAGAAAGCAAAGAUUACAAACAAAGAAGCAAGACAUAGUAGUUGUAUUAUAAAAGAUUUGCAAGAACUAAUGCAAAGUAUCGAAGAGAUCUUAACAGAAAAUAAAGCGGAAGAAAGAAUGAUCGCUGAGGCUUUACUUCAACAAGAAGUUGAUUUAUGGCAAGAUUGUUUAAAUUUGGAGCGUCAAAUUGACUAUUGGGAGAAUGACUCUAAAAUGGGGGAGAAAAUCAACUCAAAAAGGCAGAAUAAAAGACAAUCAAUUAAUUUAUCUGCACGCUUAGGCAUCACAAAUAAUCUGCCAGCAGAAAUCUGUGAUUUUCAGAAUUUUAUAGACAAUAAUGGUGGUCGAACAGGUGGCUGGACUACAGAAGAACACUCGAAAUUCUUAAAACAACUAAAAAUUUAUCAAAUCCAAAAAGUUAAGAUCAAAAAUGAACAAGCUGGUUCAGACAAGUCAAUCAACUGUUCUCAAGAUACAUCAAGUGAAAUUAUCAAUGAUCACGUACAAAUGAAUAUUCCAGCUAAUGACGCUACUGAUCGAACAAUGCAAAACAAUGCAAAUAUGAAGAUGACAACUCAAGAUUGUGAAAGUCUCACUGCAUUUCAUCAGGAAGUCGCCAAAAUACUCAUAACUAAGACGUCAGAAGAGGUGGCUAGACAUGAGAAAUGGUGGGAGGAAUUCCAGAGACUUGAAACUGCAAAACGUAUAGCUAUUCAAAAGUGGAAUGAGAAUCGGCGUUCUAACUCACAAAACGGAAAAGGAUCAGAAAGUCAGCAAUCCUGUGAAUCCAUUGAAAAAAGUCACUACAAACCUCAUUUAAAACAGCAUUUUUCAUUAAGUCAGUUGGAAGCAAGAAAAGCAGAAUUAGAAUUGUGGCGACAACAAAGACAAAAGAUGAAGAAACAACAAGAAUUACUGAAAAAGCAAGCCGAAAUUGAAUUUAAACAAACUGAAUUAAAACUGACUAAAAGAAACAGGCCCACUGUUUAUUUGAUUCACCACUUGUUUGCAGAGCUGCACAACAAAAUCUCAGUGUAUAAAGAGAAAAAAAUGGCUGAGAAAUUAACUGCUCGUCAAUGGCUGGCAACUCAAACUGAAGCGGAACGUUUAAUACGUCAACGUAGAGUGAAAGAUGCUAGUCAUCGAAUUCAACAAAGAACUAUUAAUCAAUUAAAUCAAUUGUCUGCGCGUAAAAAAGCUAAAGCUGAGACAGAAAUCAGUCGACAAGAAUUAUUGGGACGAAUUCCAGUACAGACAAAUGUACAUGUGACACGUGAUUCAGAACGUUUAAUUCAAUUGACUAAAGGAUGGGAAAUGCGCUUAGCUCAACCUAAACAAGAUAGUAUUAUUAUCAACCAAGGCCUUGAUUUAACUGCGACUCCUGGGAGGAUGAUACCACAGUGGAGAAGGAAUUUGUAA